AUGGCCGCGGGCAAGCGACGCGCACCGCUCGUCUCUCUUCUACUGUUGGUUUUAAGCGUCGUCGGGUUUUCGUCCUGUUUUAUCGGCGGCGGCUCGUACCGGCGAAAGCUUUCAGUGGAGUGGAACCCGGGGCUGAACUCCUCUGUAUUACCGCCUCAUGGCAUCACCCUACUGCAUGUACGAGCAUUAGGACUCAACGACACACUGCACUUCCUGCUCUGCAGCCAGGGGGCACCGGCACUGCUGCUGGUUCACACCAACAGCACCUCCUCUUCCGUCAAGGUUGACUGGCCUGCCUUCCUGGCUCGCAAUACCACCGGCAGCCUGACAGUGGAGCCAGAGAGCAGCAUCCUGUACAGUAGCGCGCUGGUAUUCACCACGCUAUGGGAAUACGAUGACGUAAACGACACGGCAGACCCUCAGAACCUCCCCCCCUCCGCCUUCCUGCCUCCAUACCAGCUGCAGAACUUCACCUGGUCUCUGGAGGACAAAACUCUGGACCCAACACAGCCCACUGCCCAGCUCUGUGGAGGGGAUGCCUCCCCCACUUUUAUCAACGGGUCUUUCUGCGUCCAGUUCUCUGCGUUUGAGGUGGAGGGGCGGGACCAUCUUUGGCCCAGCCUCGUUCACACCGCCAACUGCUCCCAGAUUAAGAUGUGGCUUGACGGACCGCUGCCAAGAGCAAAUUACUCCAGGUUUUCUCUGGAGCUGGAGUCAGUGGGUGGGCCGUCCCUGGACAGGGUGGAGGUGGUUCACUCCAUAGACGAUGAAUACACCCCUUCAAUAUUUAAGGCGUCCCAGUGGGUCUCAUCACCUCCUAACAGAACCUCAGAGAUUCUGGGUUAUGUCCAGUGGAAACCGGUGGCAUACCGCAAACCUAAUCCCAUUUUUGAGGACGCCACGCCGUGUCGCCACUAUUCUCCUGUGCUACAGAGCAAGGCAGUGCCGGCCUCGGGCCUGGUCCGGGCCUUCUACGGACCUGAACCAGCAACCACAAGACUCAACAUCAGCUUCAGCAUGGCAGGAGAACCUUUCUACAAUGCCACUAACUACCUAAGCUGGACUGUGGUUGUUGGUCUUGGCAAUCCUCCGGUGGAUUCUUUCUCUCCGUUAGUUCUGUCCAUCAUGGCGGUUGGCCUGGGAACUCCGAUGAUCCUCAUCGUACUGGGCGGAGUUUAUGUCUGCCUUCGUAAGAGAGCCACGCCCCCUUCACAGUCCUACGAGCCAAUCAACUAAGAAUGGAGCUACUCGAGACCUGCCCCACCACUGUUUCUGACCAAUGAGGCGGUACUGUUGCAUUUUGAAAGGUGUCCUUCAGGAGACAACGGCUGGAUAAAUUGGAAUUCAUUCUAAAUUCGUUUUAAAGAUUUAAUUUUUUUUUAGUAUUUACUGAUUCUUUUACACCGUCAAAUUUACCACUGGGACUUUUUCUCCCCAGUGUUCAUUAUCGAUGGAUCAAUGACUAAUCUUGGUGUUCAUCUGUCUUUUUUUUCCCACCUGUGACUCUUCGGGAGAUUGACCCUGGAAAGGAAAAAUCCUCUUUUACCAACAGUUUGAGUUCCCUGUUCUUUUUUCUUUUUUUUAUCGGACACAGGCGGGAAUGCCUUCAGCCUUUCCAUCCCAGAGGGUCAAACUGAGAUGAGCAUCGGUCUGACCGAAUGAUGACGCUGAUUAACUUGCUUCAUGACAAUUGAUCUAAAUUAUUAUUAACGUGGAUGAUUUGAGUGAUAUUGCUGCACUUUUAACGGCUUGACGGUUUACUACAGCGGUGUUCUCAACCAAAUACUUCCAACACUGCAGAUCUGCUGCUUUUUUAUGGUUGUCAGUUGUAAAAAGUAAAAUCAUGAUCCCAUGACAGGAGGAAGUGUUUGUCACGCAGAUGGACUGAAGGAAUCUUUGGCCUCCUGACGCAUUGGGCCAAGUUGCUGGCUGACAGUUCAUGAGGUCAAAGUUCUGCCUUGUCGCUUAGUGGUCAUGGAACGGUUAAUGGCUGUGACAUACAGGGACCUGGACACGGCUUUUAUAACCUUUUUUAAGUAUUCUUUGUAUGUGAAACUAAGUGAAAGGAGAGGCGUUCAUUCUAGGGAUGCACCAAUACAGAUGUUGGUACCAGAUGUCGAGCUGAUACCAGGUUAAAAUGGAGUAUCCGUAUCAGCGAUUUUACCGAAGACUAAAAUCAGAUACCAAAAGCCAUGAGUAACAUGUCAUAAAUAAAAUGAAAAUGGCUUGAUUUACUGCAUUUUUUUGGCACAUGGACACCUGUAUUUCUUUAAUGGUGGAAAAAAAUCAAUUAUUUUGCCCAUUGACCCCAAACUACUACUACUACUACUUUUGGCUGUUCCCGUUGGGGGUCGUCACAGUGGAUCAUCUGUUUCAUCUCUUCCUGUCCUCUGCAUCUUCCUCUGUCAUGCCAGCCAUUGACCCCAAACUACUUUAAAUCUGAAAUGUUCAGAUAAAGAAACGGCUUAGUACCCGAUAUUGUCUAAAACUUCAAGAUUGGUGAUGGAAUUGGUAUCUGAAGUAGUGUUGUUGGUGCAUUCCUAGUUCAUUCUAAUUGCCCCGAUACUAGAUUCCUCUGAUUUAUUUUUCGGUUGAGAAUUAAUUGCUGGGUGGGUCUAAGAAAGCUUUUAGAUUCAUGUCAUCAUCGGCCGCUUCUCCGGGGUCGGUUCACGGUGGCAACAACUUAAGUAGGGCACUCCAGAUGUCCCUCUCCCCAGCAACACCCUCCUGGGGGAUCCCAAGGUGUUCCCAGGCCAGAUUGGAUAUGUAGUCCAUCCAGUGGGUCUACCCCAGGGUCUCCUCCCAGUUGGAUGUGCCUGGAAAAUCUCCAAAGGAAGGCGCCCAGGAGGCAUCCUAAUCAGAUGCCGGAACCACCUCAACUGGCUCCUUUCUACGCGAAGGAGCAGCGGGUCUACUUCAAGCUCCCUUCAGAUGUCUGAGCUCCUCACCCUAUCUCUAAGGCUGAGCCCAGACACCCUACGGAGGAAACUCAUUUCAGCCGCUUGUAUCCGCGAUCUCACCCUUUCGGUCACUACCCAAAGCUCAUGACCACGGGUGCGGUUUAGAACGAAGACUGACUGGUAAAUUGAGAGCUUUGCCUUCCGGCUCAGCUCCCUCUUCACCACAACGGUCCGGUACAACGUCCAAAUUACUGCUGAUGCUGCACCAAUCCGCCUGUCAAUCUCCCGCUCCAUCCUACCCUCACUUGUGAACAAGACCCCGAGAUACUUGAACUCCUUCACUUGAAGCAACAACUCAUCCCCAACCUGGAUGGAGCAACCCACCAUUUUCCGGUAGAGAACCAUGGCCUCAGACUGGGAGGUGCCGACUCUCAGCUGCAAACCGCCCCAGUGCGCUGGAGGUCGCGUUCUGAUGAAGCCAACAAAACCACAUCAUCUGCGAAGAGCAGAGAUGCAGUUCUGAGGUUCUCAAAACGGACUGCGCCUUGAGAUCCUGCCCAUGAAUAUCACAAACAGAAUCGGAGACGAGGGACAACUCGAGUGGCAUCCGACACCCGCUGAAAACGGGUUUGACUUCGUGCCGAGAACGCGGACACAGCUCUCGGCACAAAGUCAAAACAUGUUUUGGCGGGGUGUCGGACUCACUGUAGAUUUUUAGGUUUAAGGAGAAAAUUCCAACUAAACUCUCUCUUAACUUCUGUUGACCAAAGAAAUCUGCUUUAGAAAUCUAAACCUGGAGUCGUAUUUUUGUAUGAUUAACUUCACAGACACAUUUUACCUCCUUUCGGAUGUUUUAGCUGGCGUUGAAAGAUCCCAUUUCCUUAUAUUAAGUCCGUCUCACGGACUGGAGGGGGGUCAUCAUGUAGCUCAGCUGAUGGUGGAGAACGUGUUGAAUGCUAACGUGUGUGAAAUAACAAGACUUGUGAUUUCUACUUUGGUAUUAAAGACUUGGGAGA